AUGCUGGCACGGCGCACAGUGGAAACACUGGACAUAGCAGAGGGAGGCGGGGAGGAGGGGAGCAUGGGGAGGGAGUUGGGAGGAGGACGAGGAGGAGAUGGGCGGAGAGCUCAUGGCCUGUGUGUGGAUGGUGCGAUUGCUGAUGGGAGUAGCAGCAGCAGGAGCAGUGGCAGCAGCAGCGGCAGUGGUGUGUCGAAUCAUCCGUCCACGUUUGUUUCGGCUAAGACUGGCAGAGGCCCUUUCAAGCCGGGGUGGCAGGCACAUAGUACUCCCCUGAUGACAGCCUACAAGGUGGUCACAGUGGACGUGCCUUACUGGGGUUUUGGCUCUCGUCUUGAGAAGUACAUUGCCAAGGUGCUGCAGAGGAGGCUGAGUCUGGAGACGAACCAGGCAGUGGUUUGCUGGAUGGACGAGUGGAUAGGGCUGUCAGAGCAGCAGGUCAGGGCCAUGGAGGAGCACACAUUCGCUCGCAUCAACAAGGUGGGAUGCCUGUGA